CGAAACAUACGUUACGUCGAAUAUUAUUUCAAGUAAAACGAUCGAGUUAACAACAGGCAGGGAGAAACCCGGCAGGCUGUUGGGACGUCUGAUAGGCGCUCGCGAUUGCUCGUUCCGCAGUGAUUUAUCUCAACACUCCCAAAACGGCAACCCGUCGUUGUCGUGGUGCUGCCGGGGCCCCGCCGUUAGCCGCGAGAGAUCGCGAGAAGGGAACACGGCAGAAUCGAUCGGAGGAUCAACGAGAGGAUCGGUUGCCUCCUCCGCAAACGUUACCACCGCUUCCUACGCCGCAUCUUGUUGGCGGCCAAGUGAGAUGGAGAAGUCCUCGGCGCGCUUCUCGGAGUACCUGUUCGCCAAGAUGGACGGGCAGGACGUCUCGGCCUCUCAGGGUCCCCGCAAGGUGACCGCCGACACUAGGAAGUGGAUGCGGGAGAAUCUCUUGCUUAUGAUCACUCUGUCAGGUGUACUUCUUGGUGUGAUCCUUGGAUUUGGUUUGCGACCAUUGGGCCUUAGCGAAGACGCUGUCAUGUUGAUCAGCUAUCCUGGAGAACUUUUUAUGCGAAUAUUGAAAUUAAUGAUCCUACCGUUGGUAAUUGCUAGCCUCAUAUCAGGUUCAGCCAGUUUGAACGCUAGGAUGAACGGAAUGAUAGCCGUACGAACUCUCGUCUAUUUCAUACUCACGUCUUUCCUUAAUGCCGUAAUAGGAGUUAUCCUUGUUCUUGUUAUUCAUCCUGGAAAUCCAGGAAUCAGGGAAUCGAUUACACUUCCGACUCACGCCAGAGCCGUCAACAUCUUAGACAGCCUUCUGGAUUUAGGAAGGAACAUGUUUCCUGACAAUCUCUUUCAAGCUGCAUUUCAACAGGCACAUACCGUUUACGUACCAAGAAAACCACCGGUACAAAAUCAAACCGAUGGUUUAUCGGUCAAAGUAGUCGGCGAAGAAGACCUGAUAAGAGUGAUCCAAUAUAGAAGUGGUACCAAUACUUUAGGCAUCGUCUUCUUUUGUCUAGUCUUUGGCACUUUCCUAGGUACCCUUGGCGAAAAGGGUCAGGUUGUGAUAGAUUUCUUCAAGGCUGUUUUCGAGGUCAUUAUGCGAAUGGUCUCCACUGUAAUGUGGAUGACACCAAUAGGUAUAACUUCAGUAAUAGCAGGGAAAGUCCUCGGUGUGAACGAUCUGGCGUUGGUAAUGUCGCAGCUAGCCUGGUUCAUCGUCACGAUCGUGAUCGGUGUCUUUUUCUAUCAGCUGGUGGUGAUGCAGCUUAUCUACCUGGCCGUCGUGAGAAAGAACCCCUUUAGAUUCUACGCCGGCCUCGCCCAGGGUACACUCACCGCCUUCGCCAUGGCAUCAACGGCCGCCGCACUCCCCGUUACUUUUCGACUGAUGACCGAGAAGCUCAGGGUCGAUCCCAGAGUCACCAGAUUCGUCCUCCCGAUUGGGUGCAACAUCAAUAUGGACGGUACCGCACUCUUCGUCGCGGUCGCAAGUAUCUUCAUCGCUCAGAUGAACGGGAUUAUUUUGGGUUUCGGGGAGAUCAUUACUGUUAUUUUGACAUCCACAGCAGCAUCCGUUUCUUCAGCUUCAGUUCCAAGUGCAGCUCUAGUUUUAUUACUAGUUGUUUUGAGUGCCAUUGACGCACCUGUUCAUGACGUUUCUCUUCUAUUUGCUAUUGAUUGGUUUGUAGAUCGUAUAAGAACGACCAAUAAUAUGUUAGGAGAUUGUUAUGCGGCUGCUGUAGUAGAACAAUUGUCUAAAAAAGAAUUAAUGGCAUUGGACGCAGCAGCUUAUCAGUCUGAAACAGUACUGCCCACAACCUUAGCCAAUGGAUGCAUCUCGGCUAACAGGGUACCCGAUCCUGAUACUAUCGUCGUUGAAAUGCAAGACGACACGAGGAUAGCCGGCAUCGCCAAGUAAACUAACUUGUUGUAUCAGCGUACUACCAAUACCACGAAGUGUAACGGAGGAGACCGUUUGACUAAUGGCCGAUCUCGCAAGACAAUUUAAUACGGUAUACCAACGAGAUAUGCCGAUCGAAUGAGAACAAAAACUCUCAGUGGCGAGGUUAAACAUUAGGCACGCCAGUGCCUUUAUUUUCCCCCUAAUUCAUUUCUUUUUCGUUUAAUUUUAUUUAUAAAAAAAAAAAAGAAACUAGAGUUAUACCAACUUUUCUCAAUUCCCCAAAAGAAAGAAAGAAAGAAAAUGUCGACAGAGACACUCGGCUUGGACACUCGAUGACUAUAAGAAAAGUCACGGAUUUACUAUUUCUUCAUUUUUCGAAAGAGUUUAAGUGAGCAAAGUUUUUAGAGACUGCGAUUCGAUUUACCCGUGAAAAAGAGGGAUAGAUAAAAAGAGAAGGUUCGAACGCAAGACAAUUUUAAAUGGAACAAAAUAUUGAAACAAAAAAUGAAAUGAAAAGGAGUCAAUAUCGUAUCGAGACGCGCGUGCGUUUACGAUACAAGAGUAGCAAUAAAAUAUUUGAGAUACGUAAGUUUAAAAAAAAAAAAGAUACAAAAUGCGCUUCUAUAAAUUACUAUAGGAGCACCGAGGUGCGGAGAUUCGAUGAUUCGCGCGUAAAAAAAAAUCUAUCGCUCGUGUAUACUACGAAAGUGUGUUUUCCCCGUCAAUUUUUUUCGUCUAUUCUUCUCUAAUAGAUCUUUCUUUUUUCUUUUGUACGAUUUUUUUUCCUCUUAUUUUCUUUCUUCUUUUUUUUUUUUCUUUUCUUUUUCUAAAAUCAAAAUUGGUACUCGUUACUCCGAAUGAAACGGUAGUUUUCGGAACGAUAAAAAAACGAUGGACAAUUUUGCUGGUAAAUGAAGAAAAAAAAAAAAAAAUAAUUGUCGAUUAUUAACGUGAAAACAAAAAAAAAAACUAAAUAUUUAGUCUGUCUCACUUGACAAGUGAUCAUUCGCAUCGUCGAAUGGUGGUGCCUUAAUUUCGAUGCGCCCUCGGAUUAGGUGCGAUGAAAGUAAUGCGCGUCGUUGAUGUAUUAAUUUUCAUUAACGUUUUAACAAAACACACACAUCACCAUUAAUUCUUUGAAGAGAAACAACAACAACAAUAACAACAAAAAAGAAAAGAGAAAGAAGAGAAGGGAAAAGAAAAGAAAAAAAACAAACGAGUAAUGUGUUUUCCUGCAAAAAUGUUCUUGGGUAUUAUUAUCGUCAAAGAUAGACGAUAAUGAUAACAAUUAAUUUAAUACUUUGUAUUUAAUCAUCGACGUACGAUGAUCGAUCGAUCGAUCCUAGUCAAUGACGCGAGAGAAAUCGUGUCAGUUGGUUUGAAGAAAAACAAAGCAAAAGAAAAAAAAAAAAAAAGAAAAAGAAAAUGAACAAAAAGAAAUAAAAAUAAAGUAAAAGAAAUAAUUUCAUCGCGAGUGAUACCUAUAGUAAGUGAGACACAUCGUAAGUGAGAACUAGUGAGAAGAGUGAGAUUUAAGGAUUUAUAAACAAAUGUACAUUAUAAACGAGUAGCGUUUCCUGCGUGUUAAACGUGUUUAGCAUCAUCGAACCCUUUGAAAACAAACAAAAACAAAACAAAAAAAAAUAACAAGAAAAAACAAAAAAAAAUCAUUUAUAAUAUAAAAAAAUGCAUUAAACAAAUACAAGCCUCGUCCGAUAGUUCUUAGCAAUCAAAUUACUCGAUCGUAUUUCCCUCCCCGCUUCGGGGGAGAAAAUAAUGAUGAUUAUUAAAGAAUAAUGCACCACAUUAUAAGGGAUUAUACGUAGAUAUCCUAAGAUAUUAAACAAAGUUCGUUGUAAUUAAGUAUAAUUACAUAUCCGCGAUGCGUUGCUAGUCGUGUAAGAGAGAACGUAAGAAAUACAAAAAAAAAAAAAUACAAAAAAAAAAAUAAAACAAAAGGUGCUACGAGAUAUGUUUACGCAAGACUAAUGACGUCGUUGUUUCUUCUCACGAAUGAGAUAAAAAAAAGAGUUAGCCUAGCUUUUAUUUUUAUUCUUUUUCUCGUAGUAUAGUGUUCGCGUCCGUCAUUGGCUAUGAUGAUUCGAUUGCUUGUAUAAUAAAAAAAAAAAAAAAAAAA